AUGUUAUUGGUGUUUCUGCUUUUCCAGGGACAGUGGUCUUCUGUUGAAUGUGUGCGACUGGAUCCACGUGGAGCAAAGUACGUAAGGGAGUUAGUGAACGAAUUUUUAGCAGAUCCAAGUUCUUCGCGUUUUGACCAAAUCAUUCUUCCCCCUCAAAUCGGAGAAGAACUAAGCGAUUUUCUUCAUCCUAAAGUGUAUAUAUGGUGUCCAAUUACCCACUGGAAAAUCGAGGUGAAAUGUCCCCUCCACGGCUGUCUACUCACGCCAGGGACCUUUACGGAUGUAGUUGACAAGACAAGCCCCAAGAAUCCACGCCUUGUUUAUGAUUUGAGAGGUAAUGUACUAAUGGUACAGCGGAUAUAUCUAUGCCGACACAAAGAAAAGCCACACAGAUAUUUGUCGGGUAGUGAGACGAUUCUAAGAAGUAUCCCAAGUCUUUAUAGCCAUGCCUGUUUCCCAAUACUAAUGCUAUACCGAUCUGCGUGCAGUAAAAACCUCGUUGAUCAUUUAGAGACACAGAUCUUACAAGGUGUGAGCUUUCUGAAAACUUGUGAGGGAUUGGCUGCAAUAAACUUUAAGGAAUUUUCACACCGACUUAGACGAUAUACGUUAUCAGCGAAGUCAAAUGUUACAGAUACUGGCAAAUUGUACGAGAAAUUUUACGCCGAUCCCAUGUUUUCCUUUCCUGGCAAUGAUUUGUUGAUGCAUAUUUUUCUUGCGGAUUUUCAAGAAAAAGAACCGUACUAUGAAGUGGAAAUGAAGAAACGUGCAUUACACAGCAGGGUCAUUUCAUGUGAUCAUACGUUUAAAAUAAGUAAAUACAUUGGAGCAAGAAGAAGUAGCGAUGAUAAAUUUGUGAAACAAUUUGAAAAUCUUUUUAUAGUGCUAAACGAGAGGCACGAAGUUAUAAGUUGGCGUCUAACGAGAACCACGGGCUUUGAAGAAAUAAGGUCGUUACUCGUUGAGCUUAAGGAGCAGAUAGGUAAUACUUUGGAUGCAGUAAUAGUGGACGACUGUUGCAAAGUAAGAACACUCUACAGGUCAGUUUUUCCAGAUGUAGAAGUAAAACUAGACUUAUUCCAUGCAAUUCAACGAGUCAUCAAAAAGAUACCAAAGGGAUCUGAGUUUUCCAAACGAUUUUCAAAAGAAUUGGGUCUGAUAUUUCGAGCAAAUGGAGACUGCGACGAGGUCCGUCAGCUACCCACACCUGAUUGGAAAGUGGUAAUUGAAAAUUUGCAUUCUUUCCGUGAAAGGUGGAAAUCGUUCUUGAACAUGGAAGAAAUGAAGAAAGCACGUUUGGAACUCGACCACUUGAGCGUGCUUAUAAAAAAAGGUUGUUUAUCUGGCUUAAAACCGGGUGAAGGAACGGAAUCGAAUGAGAGGCUUCAUAACACAUUAAAUAUAUCAUUAUUAUGCGGUGCUACUACCACGGGUCCCGAAAUAGCAAUUGCUAUUAUAACUUUAUUAUUCUAUAGUAUGAACUGCAGGAAAAGCGCGAAAAAACAUAAGCAGAAUUCAAGAGUAAUUCCCUUCGUGCCACUCUUCUCGCAGUUCACGUCGAGGAACGUAAAUGAUAAAAAUCCCCACUUUAACACUAACAGUGGGGGAAAAGUCACGUUAGAUGACGCUUGGAAGGCACCAUACGAGGGAAAUAAAGUAUACCCAGACGAAACUGUUGAAGAAGCUGUAGUAGUUAUUGAAACUAUCGAGGACACUCUUAACGAGUCCAUCGCCAGUCUGCUUUUGAAAAACAUGUCCAAGUUGCAUUCGAUUUUAAGUAAAGUCAACAGUGAAUGUCGGGAUCGUUGUUUUAAUGCAUUUGAUAUUCCAAUAAUGCAAGUGGGUAGUAAACAAGUCUUAGUCAAUAGCUGCUAUGCUGAAGAUGACACAGAAAUAAGACGCAGAGAAACACUGCAGCGAAAUCUCGACUGUUUUAGUCUCAAAAGGGAUGAAGUCGUCGGUGACGGAGAUUGUGCCUUUAGAACAAUUAUUUCUCAAGUGAGAAAGACAAACCAAUGGAGUGACCCAAAUUCAGCACUUUGUCAGCAUAUUUCGUACCUGGGACUUGGGAGAAGUGCCGACGAAGAUGUAAAUCAGCUCCGUCAACUUUUUGUCAAUAAUGUUCAGAGCAACGAACAUUAUCAAAUGCUCACUGGCAUUCCUUCUGACGAAAUGAACACUGAGACUGAAAGAUUUAGAGAACCUGGAACAUUUUGCGGUGAAGUCGGGGAUUUGAUUAUAAAAGUAUGCUCUGACAUACUUCAAGUCCCCAUAAUUGUUGUGACCAGUAUCAAUGGUUCCCCUUAG